AUGGAAUUGAUAUGCCUCAACGGCCUACAAACAAACCCAGAUGUGCCCGGAUGCGAGCGGGUCGUGGGGACAUGGCUUCGCCGGGAGUGGCUGGAGCUUCCUCGGGAGGAGGUUAUCGCUACCGAUUUCAAUGCCCCCCCAGAGCUGUUGGGAGCGGAGAAGAUUUUCAUGGUCAAAGGAUGGAAUCGCUCAGUCUGCGGAUUGGCAGUCUUGUUCGCAGCCUUCAAACAAUCUGAAUUGCUGAAGGCCUGGUGUUGGAAAAUUGCUUCAUUGUUGGAUCCAACCCGUACCGUCGCCUCCUUCGCGAGCGCGUACUCUCUGGGCAAACACGAGUCCGCAGCGGCGCUGAACCUCCUGCGGCGAGUGCCCAGCGAAAUCAGGGAGGGAUUGACCCUCCUUGCACAGCUCCAAAAGGUUUGUGCGCUCUUUGUGGCCUGCAUUGAUCAGUUCAAGGCACAGGUGCCGUCCGCUUUCAGUGAGUCCGCGCUUGCUGAGGUCAACAAAGCGUUUGAAAAGAGACACGCGGACGCCGAUUUGUUGGCCAUGCUGGACGGGUCUGUGGAAAAACGGAACCUCGAAAAGGCUCAGGAGCUCAGUCAACAGCUGCUCCAAACCACAUGGCAACAGAUGGAGUUGCAAGUGGAGCAGGACAAGGUGAAAUUGCAGGAUUGGUCCAGGAAGUUUACAAGCUUCAUGGCCAAGCAGGGAUCACUGGAUGUGAAGUACCUCUCAGACCGGUACGCAAAGGGCAAGGAGGAAAUCAGCAAGCUCCUGGCAGAGAAGCACCGCAUCGUCCGACAUCCAUCCAUUUGUUUGGGGCAUUCUGCUAUUGUGCAAAUGCAAGGUGAAAUGGGACCUGAUGGGUUGACCAUAUUGAUUGCAGAUGCAACCUUGUGGCCAACGCGUCCACUCUCGAUUGAUGAGGCGGUUCAAGUCGCACAGGGCGUGACUGGGGGCAAUUGUAACUCGGUGUCUUUCUGGUGCCUGCCACAAUGGCAUUCCAGUGCUGGGAAGGUUGCGGUCUUGAAAAACAGGAGACUUCUAGAAGACAAGGUGGUUGGGAAUCUUGGGUGUUUGGCUGGGGUGGCUCCUGGGAUGAGCGAUGUUCCUCGGAGUUGCAGCAGGGCUUUGUUGGGUAGCAUAGAUGAAGUUGACCGAGCGCGGGUCAACGAGCUCUCCAACCCAGAGCCAGACAAGCCCUUGGUCCAGCAGAGGGGUGUGCAAGCGUGCGUGGACAUCCUGGAACAACUUCUCUGUGGAAUGCAUGCCCGCGAAGCCCAGCCCGUGCUGUUGUGGUCCCAAGCAGCAUGGCAGCUUCAGCGCGCAUUCUUGCAGGGCGCGUCAGCGGAAGACCGCGCCUGGGAUGUUCGGUUUCUCAGCAUCUACCACGACGAUGAUACCAAGCAUGCCGAGUCCUGCCAACAGCUCAUUUGUGGAAGGGCCAUGCAGCAGUGGUGGGAUACUUCAAGCGCCGCUGGGCCAAAGUCCCGUGCUGCUCAAACCUUCUCAGAGGAAAUCCCUGAUCUGGAUUGCUUGAUUGUGUUGGACAAUGAGCUGAAGUCUUUGGGUUAA